GAGUCAGACACACAGAGUUCAGUCGAGGACAGACUGAAGGACGAAGAAGCAGGAACGAGAAGCAAAUACAAGGAGUUCGCCAAAAAAAUAAGAAGAUAAUAAAGUAAAUUGAAUACUGCCUGCCUGAAGAUCAAUGUCUGUGUCUCCAGCUGCCUUGGUGGCUCGACGGGCGCUUGCUGCUGCGUCAACCUCCAGCCAUGCAGGAGGAGCGAGGACCUGGAAGAUUCUGACCUUUGUUUUGGCCAUCCCUGCUGUUGCUGUCUGCAUGGCCAACGCCUACAUGAAGAUGCAGGAGCACUCCCAUCAUGAACGGCCAGAGUUUGUUCCAUAUCCUCACCUGCGUAUCCGCACCAAGAAAUUUCCCUGGGGCGAUGGCAACCACUCCCUGUUCCAUAACCCACAAACCAAUGCUCUGCCUGAUGGCUACGAGACUUCCCAUCACUGAGCGCUUCAAUCACAUUUCUCAGAUGUGCUGUGCUCCUUAUUAAAACUUGAGUCUCCUGGUGUA